CAUGGGCUCUGUUGGAAGCCAACGCCUCAAGGAGCCCAACAUGGCGGCCACUCCUGACAGGAGCAUGGUCAUGAGCUUCAGCUUCGACAGUUACCAGCUGGAAGAGGAGGUGGUGGCAGGUGAGGGCCAGAGUGGGAGAGCCAGAGGAAUCCCACCCUUCAUGGACCCUGAGAUGGAGGAACCUGUCCCAGAUGACCGCUACCAUGCAAUCUACUUUGCAAUGCUACUGGCUGGUGUGGGUUUCCUGCUGCCAUACAACAGCUUCAUCACCGAUGUGGACUACCUGCAUCACAAGUACCCAGGGACCUCCAUUGUGUUCGACAUGAGCCUCACUUACAUCUUGGUGGCCCUGGUGGCUGUGCUUCUGAACAAUGUCCUGGUGGAGAGAUUGAGCCUGCACACCAGGAUCACUGCAGGCUACCUCUUAGCCUUGGGUCCCCUCCUCUUUAUCAGCAUCUGUGACGUGUGGCUGCAGCUCUUCUCCCAUGACCAGGCUUAUGCCAUCAAUCUGGCUGCUGUGGGUACUGUGGCCUUCGGCUGCACAGUGCAGCAAUCGAGCUUCUACGGGUACACAGGGAUGCUGCCCAAGAGGUACACGCAGGGGGUGAUGACAGGGGAGAGCACAGCAGGCGUGAUGAUCUCCUUGAGCCGCAUCCUCACCAAGCUCCUGCUGCCAGACGAACGGGCCAGCACGCUCAUCUUCUUCCUGGUCUCCGUGGGCCUGGAACUGCUCUGCUUCCUGCUACAUCUGCUGGUGCGACGCAGCCGCUUUGUGCUCUACCACACCACCCGGCCUCGCGACAGCCGCAGGCACCACCCGGGCUCCGGGUACCGUGUGCACCACGAUGUGGCCACCGGGGAUGUCCACUUUGAGCACCAAGCCUCAGCCCUGGCCAGCAGCGGGUCCCCAAAGGACAGCCCAUCACAUGAGGUGGCCAGCGAUGGGGGAGGGGCCUAUGUGCGCUUCGACGUGCCUCAGCCCAGAGUCAAGAGGAGCUGGCCCACCUUCAGAGCUCUGCUGCUGCACCGCUACGUGGUGGCUCGUGUCAUCUGGGCCGACAUGCUCUCCAUCGCUGUCACCUACCUCAUCACGCUGUGCCUGUUCCCCGGUCUAGAGUCCGAGAUCCGUCACUGUGUUCUGGGCGAAUGGCUGCCCAUCCUCAUCAUGGCUGUGUUCAACCUCUCCGACUUCGUGGGCAAGAUCCUGGCAGCUCUGCCUGUGGACUGGAGGGGUACCCACCUGCUGGUCUGCUCCUGUCUGCGUGUGAUCUUCAUCCCCCUCUUCAUCCUCUGCGUCUACCCCAGUGGCACGCCCACCCUCCGCCACCCAGCCUGGCCCUGCGUCUUCUCCCUGCUCAUGGGCAUCAGCAAUGGCUACUUUGGCAGUGUGCCCAUGAUCCUUGCAGCUGGCAAAGUGAGCCCCAAGCAGCGGGAGCUAGCAGGGAACACCAUGACCGUGUCCUACAUGACAGGACUGACCCUGGGCUCCGCCGUGGCCUACUGCACUUACAGCCUCACGCGGGACGCCCCCAGCAGCUGCUUCCACACCGAUACCACCAACGGCUCCCUCCCCAGCAGCCUCUGACCAGGCCC